AUGUCAAGGGCGGCAGCAAGCGCCCUGGUGGUAUUGAUCGCAACUCUGUUGGUACAAUAUGCAGGAUCGCAGCUUGUAGUCAGUUACUCAGAGAUGCGAGGGGACGUAGGGCGAGACAACGCUUGCCAGGGUCCCUUCCCCUUCCAAUUCACAUACCAGCUGCUGGGAGAUCGGGACGUGAAGGGAGGUCGGGAGGAAGGCGAUGGGAUAGUUCAAGUUGAUAUAAGGCAAGCGAAAGGGUCUACUGCGAUAGGAUGGUGUGCGAAGGGGCUGGACUGCAGCUUGCAGACAGUGGAGUCUGUUCUGAAACAAUCAACAGCUGAAAACCUCGUGAGCGACUGCACGUUCAAGCCCCGCACACCAGCCGAUGCCGGCAACUCAGUGCCAGGAUACGAUCCCAAGGUUGGCAUCCCUGAUUACAACCUCAAGGUGGAGUGCGGAGCAGGACAACUCUGCGUGGAGAAGGGGCAACACGUCCGAGACAUCAAGCCCAACUGCUCCCCUGAUCGCCCCUGCGUCUCAACCUCCCGCAAGACUCCGGUCAACUCCAGGCUCUUCGACAACCUCCACGUGCCAACCAGCGAGCCCUACGUAUGGGGAUCUCUCUGCCGACAGUACGACUACGCGGAGCCAGCUACGUCUGCAGGAGGGCUCGGCUGGCUGCAGGGCGCCUGGAGGAGCGUUAACGAGACUCUCCUUUUCUACCUCGACAUCAACACCUGCACCUGCAUGCCUCAGUGCUCAGCAUGCGAGGUCAUGAGGGAGGGAGUCAACACUGUCGACCCCACCUGUGCUGCCGUCUUUCCUCCCUCCUCCUCUGGUGUUUCUGCGCUGGUCAACGGGGAACCCAAGCUCUGCUUCAUGUAUGCCGCCAUAGAGGGAACGCGCAUGGCGACCUAUGAGGAGAUGAUAAGAAAGAGACCAGAGUUCAAGAUCUGA